UACUCUAAAAAUAAAAAAAUAAAAAAAUAAAAAAAUAAAUCACUAUUUCUUCUACAACUAUUAUAUUAAAUCCCUACCACCUUCAAAAUAAAUAGACCCUCUCCUUCAUUUCCUCACUUCUCUCCAUCCCCUCUUUUCUUCUCACUACAACCUCUCUUUCUCUUUCUAUCUCUAAAACACUACUUACUAAUAUUUCCUUCUCUUUUCUAAAAUAAUUUAGUAGUGACAUCCAAACACACCCUUAAAAAAAAUGUCAAAUUUUUAUGAUAAUAACAAACCUCCAAACCAAAUCAAUGGAAAUAAUAAUAUGCAAUGUAAUGAUUUCCAAAUUCAAUCACCAUCUAUAUUAUGCUCUUCUUAUCCUAUCACUCUCAAGUUUAUGGACAUAAGCUAUAAAAUGAAGGUGGAACCGAACAAUGGGGGAAGCAGUAUGAAGCGUUUGAUCUGUGGUAAUUGUAAUCCCUCAGAUGAGAUACCAACGGCUAGGAUUGAAGAACGGACAAUCUUAAACGAAAUAACUGGAGUAGCAUACCCAGGAGAGAUCUUAGCCGUUCUUGGACCAUCAGGGAGUGGUAAAUCAACGCUGUUAAACGCAUUAGCAGGAAGACUCCGUGGACAAGCACUUACAGGAUCAAUCCUCAUAAACGACAAAAAACUCACAAAACAAACAUUAAAACGCACCGGAUUUGUCACCCAAGAUGACGUCCUUUACCCUCACCUUACAGUCCAAGAAACACUCCUCUACUGCGCACUACUCCGCUUACCAAACACCCUCACUAAAUCUGAGAAAAUCACCACCGUUGAUUCGGUGAUGACAGAGCUAGGAUUGGGUAAGUGCGCGGACACCAUAAUAGGGAACACCUUCAUACGUGGCGUUUCAGGGGGUGAAAGAAAAAGAGUAUGUAUUGCACAUGAAAUGUUGGUUAACCCGAGUUUAUUAAUUUUAGAUGAACCGACGUCCGGUUUAGACUCAACCGCUGCUCACCGGUUAAUUUCAACCUUACAAGGGUUAGCAAGAAAAGGAGGAAAAACAAUAAUUACUUCGAUUCAUCAACCAUCGAGCCGGGUUUAUCAAAUGUUUGAUUCGGUUCUUGUAUUAUGUGAUGGAAGAUCGAUUUAUUUUGGUAAAGGAAGCGAAACGAUGUCGUGGUUUCAAUCUGUUGGGUUUCAACCGUCAUUUCCUAUGAACCCUGCUGAUUUUCUCCUUGAUCUCGCUAAUGGAAUAGGUCACCAAUGUGAUGGAGUAAAUGAAAGAGAUAAGCCUAAUACAAAGCAAGCCCUAUUCUCAGCAUACAACAAUGUAUUAGCUCCUAGAGUAAAAGCUGCCUGUUUAGAGAAUACUCCAACCAAGGACACUACAAAUUCACCAAAAGAUUCAAUAGUUGUAGCUAGAAAACCAAGCAUAAAGCAAUACAUGAAAUCAAGCAUUUUGAAAUGGUGCAACCAAUUUAGCAUCCUACUUCAAAGGAGCUUAAAAGAGCGUAGGCACGAAUCAUUUAACUCGCUUCGAGUCUCUCAAGUAAUCGCGGCUGCCCUCUUGUCCGGAAUCAUGUGGUGGCACUCGGAUUUUCGAGACAUUCAAGAUAGGCUUGGACUUCUUUACUUCAUCUCGAUUUUUUGGGGUGUUUUCCCUUCGUUUAAUGCUGUGUUUGCGUUCCCCCAAGAUCGAUCCAUCUUUGCUAAAGAGCGAGCUUCUGGAAUGUACUCUUUGUCGCCUUACUUUAUGGCUCGAAUCAUAGGUGAUCUACCGAUGGAGCUUAUUCUUCCUAGCGUGUUCCUCACAUUAGUGUAUUGGAUGACGGGCCUAAGACCCGAACUUUGGACCUUCCUAUUAACCCUAGGAGUCGUAAUUGGGUACGUACUCGUAGCACAAGGACUCGGGCUUGCUUUAGGUGCAAUCAUAAUGGACGCUAAACGGGCCUCUACAAUUGUUACAAUCAUAAUGUUGGGUUGUGUCUUAACCGGAGGAUUCUAUGUGCAUAAGUUGCCUACUUGUUUAGGCUGGAUCAAAUACGCAUCUAUUACAUUUUACUGCUAUAGACUCCUAAUCGAUGUCCAAUACGAUGGUGGAGCACAAAUCUCGAGCUAUUUUCGAUGCUCGACCCUUUCGAGCAAUGUGGCUGAUUGUAAGUUCAUUCAUGAAGAUAUCGUAGGACAAAUCUGCCCUCUAACAAGUGUAGCGGUUAUGGUGAUCAUGUUUUUUGGGUUUAGAAUAUUGGCCUACAUUGCAUUAAGGCGUAUGAAGGUCUAAAUUCUCCAUAUUAUUUUUUUUUUGUUAAUUUCAAAAUAUAUAUUAUAUGAUAUGAGAAAUCAUAUAAUAUAUUAAUUUAAUGAGGAGUUUCUCAAAAGGGGAAAUAGAAAAUUCAUGUUUCUAAUUAGUUUGUACCAAUGAUCUCUUUAAUUUUAUCAAACCAAGGUGCAUUUUGUAAAGAAUUAUGAAACCCUAUGUUAAAUUUGAUGUUGUAUUUUUUUGGGUUUCUAACAUGUAUACUUAUAAUUAAGUAUUCAUUAUCUUCUAUUUAGUAAAUAAAAAA